AUGGACUGGCUACCACCCACACUCAAGAGACUGACAUUCGAAGGAUUCAGGAAUGCCCUGAUCACUGCAGAACUGCCCUCGGCACUAGAGAGUCUGUCAAUAAUGAGUGAUUACAAGUAUGGUGACAAAGGUAAAGGUACACCAAUCAUUGAGAUCACAGGUCAACUAUCCGACACAAUUGUUGAGCUCAAGAUUGGAUACACUAUAAAGGGUGGCAUCAAACCUGGAAUGAUCCCUUCAUCAGUAACUACAUUGGACUUGGGUAGAGAUGGAGUUGAAUAUACUUCAAUCCCGCCUGGAACAUUUCCACCAACUCUCAUUUCCUUCAAGUUUGAUGGCUACUGUCGUGAUCAUCUCUUUGGUUUGCCAUCAUCACUCAGGAGAUUGUCAUAUUGUUUUAGUGGGACGUUCAAUGACCCUGGUGGGCUCACUCAUCUUUCAUCAAUGUACACCGGUCGUUGUCUGAAGCCUGUUGAUCAUUUCACUGUGCAAUGGGAAUACAGUCCUUCUCGAGAUGAAGGAUACACACCGGCCAAGACUUUAAAAUCACUCUCUAUCAAUGGAAAAGUUGUUGGAUAUGCUAGAGGUGGUGCUAAGAGCAAUAGACAAGCAGACCAAAAGAAUUGGGUAGAAUACUUCAAGUACAUGUACGCAAGUUGGAUCAAUCCAAUGCUGUUUGUUUAA